CAAAUCUGACUGAAAGAUUGUUUACCUCACCGCAUUCCGACGACCGCACCGCUCCUUAAAGUUUAUGUUUUUUAACUUUGUUUCUGACAGCUCCUUAAUUUUGUUUCGUGCCUUCAAUCGAAAUGGCGGCUACAACUGCAGUUUCGAAGAGUUCGUUCCAGCCCGAGUCCGAUGUUCACAUCACCUACGAUGACCAGCAGAUGAUCAACAAAUUUGCUCGACACAAUGCCAAACUAGAUGAACUGAAAGAAGAACUAAAGACAAAAAAGGAGUACUUGAAGAAUCUAGAAGAUGCCUGUGACGAAUUGGUAUUAUUAGAGGGUGAUGUUGAAAAAGUUCCUUUUUUCAUGGGUGAAAGUUUCAUCACACAGAAUUUUGAAGACACUCAAGCUUCUCUUGAGGAGGCAAAAGCUCGUGCCCAAGCAGAAAUGAAGGAGAUUGAAAAGAAAUCUGGUGAUAUAAAAGAAGUUAUGUCGGACCUCCGAACCAAAUUGUAUGCCAAGUUUGGAAACCACAUCAAUUUGGAAGCUGAAGAUGAAUAGUAAAUUUUUAAAUGUCAUUCAACAAUUAUAUAAAUUCUAUUUAUUUCUGAUCUUGUUUAACCUGUUUAAUGUGGCCAUCAUUAUCAAUUAAUAAUUAACAUUCUAAUUAUGCACUGGAAAUUCAAGAUAACACUUCUUUUAUUCAGGAGAUUUGUUUGUUUCUCUUUGUUAAUUAUGUUAACUUGUCAAAAAAAAAUUCUGUUAAAUGUUGUCACUUAAACUUUCAACUACCAUCUAUUUUUAAUAAAAACAAACAAUUUGCAACAA